AAACUAUCCAAUCAAAAAUCUGCAAACCGAAAUAAGGACGUCUGCAUGUGGAGUUGCAGCGCUGCAAGAUGUCUUGAACGCUCGGGCCAGUUCCGAUUUUUUAUCAAUGGGGCGGGUUUUUGCGUCCAGGGGCCCUCUGUUUUGUCCCAAACUUACCCGCUUUUUUACCAGUCAAAUCUGACACCUUUUGGCACUCAAACCAAACCCCGGUCGGUGCUUUCCAAAAACAGGCGCGAUUUUUUUUUAUGGUCGAGUUUUUCAGGCGCGCACACGCUCACUCACAACCCACCGCCCCACGCCACCCGGUGAAAAUCAAAUCAGCCAGCCCGUGACUGCCGGCUCCGCUUCCUACUUAAACCUUUCGUCCGCCUCCCCACCACUGCCCAAUCUUCUCUCCUGCAUCAUCAUCACCCACUCAACCGACCAACCAUCAACAACGUUCAUCAAUCAACAUCGCCUUUCGCCAUCAAAGAUCGCGACUUAAUCAAAUCUUUACUUCUUCAUCAAACACAUCAAUUAAAAUGGCCCGCACAAAGCAGACCGCCCGCAAGUCCACUGGUGGCAAGGCUCCCCGUAAGCAGCUCGCUUCCAAGGCCGCCCGCAAGAGCGCUCCCUCCACCGGAGGUGUCAAGAAGCCUCACCGCUACAAGCCCGGUACCGUCGCUCUUCGUGAGAUUCGUCGCUACCAGAAGUCGACUGAGCUUCUGAUCCGCAAGCUCCCCUUCCAGCGUCUGGUUCGUGAAAUCGCCCAGGACUUCAAGUCCGACCUUCGCUUCCAGUCCUCUGCCAUAGGCGCUCUCCAGGAGUCGGUCGAGUCAUACCUCGUCUCGCUCUUUGAGGACACCAACCUGUGCGCCAUCCACGCCAAGCGUGUCACCAUCCAAUCCAAGGACAUCCAGCUGGCCCGUCGCCUCCGCGGCGAGCGCAACUAGAUUUUCCUCAUCACAUUCCUCACGCGUCUUUUGGCUUUUGUUAUGAUUCCACAGGGAGAACUGUGAUUUGGGUCGUUACUGGGAACAUGGGCGGAUAAUAUGGCGUUUGCGACUACCUUAUUCUUUUUUUACUAUUUGAUUUUAUGGGAGAGGCUGUACAUUAGGCACACCAAGGCGACAGCACGAGAGAGAAGCUGGACGCACCCUCCCGGCGAUGAAUGACAAAACACUGAACAACUAAAUAAACCGUCUUCACGUUUGAUGUGCUCAUGUCACUGCGAUAAUUAACCUGCUUUGUCGCGAGGCGAUAGUCCCUUGAGGAAGUGAAACUGUCCUCGAAAACAGCAGCGCGCCUGUGUAACAUCGCCCUAGUUGUGGCGCAAUGUUAGGCAGCGACAGUAUUGAUACCGAGA